AUGGAUACUCAAGAAUUUACCUUAAAUUUUAAAUUACUUAUAGGGAAGUUCCCUGAUAGCUUAGGCUGCCAUUCGCCUCUGCAUAGCGCUCCGCUGCUUGCUUUGCCGUCCGAACACGUCAUUCCAAUGUCAUGCUGCUCACAGAGUCGGGGCUUGCACUCUCUACUGAGAUCAGAGACGCUGAGUAGUCAUGCAUUGCAUCAGUAGGGUCCGCCUCCCAGAAAUUCUAAUAAAACGAAUUUUCUAGUCAGUGUCAACCAAAGUUAAGCUGGAACUCUCAAGGCGCAACACCUGGUAUCACUCUGGGAAUUUACCCGAUUGACAAAGUGACCACCUCUGGCCUUGAUACUUUUUCCUUUUCAACUCUAGUGAACAAUCUCCCCACGAGGCAAAAAUUUGAUCUGAAUUGAGCAUGCGGUCGGUAAAACCCGGCCAGAUGCACAUUUUCGAACGCUGUCCUCCCUUCCACAAAGGUCCCCACUUUCCUAAGGAGCCUAGCGGCUGUAGGUGUUUAGAGGGCAGGCUGCUUCACCACGCCAUUUUAAUCUAUGCUCAAGGGUUUGCCACCGAAGAUGUAAGAAGCGUGGUCGAUAAAUUAAGAAGGAUCAUGCUUGAGGAUGGCAGCCCAGAAACUUCUGCAGAGUCUCCAUUACUUCUUCAAAGAGAAUCUCCUGAACCUAAGCCUAAAAAACAGUCAAAACCAGCUAACACAAAAACAAACACUCAGCAGCUCUCUGGGGCUGUCUCUCAAAAAGUCUUUGAGAAGACAACUCUAGCAAGGAUGCGUGCUUAUCAGCAACGCCACGAAGACAGAAUUCACAAAGCUCAAGAGUCAAGAGAAAAGGAAAAGAUGGGAAAUUUCCCAUACUCACCUUGCAUUAAUAAUAAUUCAAAAAAAAUUAUUGGUAGAUGUGCUCCAAUUUAUUCCCGUGUCCAAGAAAUAAUCGAAGAUAAAAACAAACGCAUAGAAGAGCUCACCGAGCGAGCCAAAAUUCAAAAAUUGGCUGAAGAAAAUAAAGAACUUACAUUCAAGCCGAAAACUUGUGAAAGCACAAGCAAGAAAAGAACAACAGAGGAGUAUUAUAAUUACAUGAAUAAAUGAAAACAAGUCAGAUUGGAAGUACAAGAAAGAGAACGAGAAGCUAAAACAAAAGAGGAGUCUGAAAAAGCAACUUUCAAGCCACAAAUAGAUGGAAAAUCAAUUGAAAUGACGAAAAAUAUGAUUCCAUUUCAUGAAAGAAUGGAAAAAGAAAUAAAUAAACGAAAAGCCCAAAAAGAAGAAUGGAGCAAAGUCCCAUUGUAUAGCUUUAAACCGGAUAUCCCGAAAGAUAACAAACCGCGUGACAACGUGUUUGAGAGAUUAUAUACAAGGAAUAUGAUAUAUAGCAAAUCUCCUACACCAAGUAGAUUAACACCUCCGCCGACUAAAAGGAUAAAUUCAAAAUCACUUAAUGAAAAAGAGCUAAAAAAAGUUCUGAAAUUGGCUGGGCAAGAUGAAUCAUAUGAAAGUGUAGAGAAGCCAAAGGCUAAAGUAAAAAUAGUAGUGGAAAAUGAAGAAAAAAGCGAAAAAAUAGAGAAUUUAGAUUUUCUGAAAGAUCUGACAGAGAGUUUAUUAUUUUAG